GAGCCAGCAGUCGUCUUGUCUAGUUGUCUGUAGCUACGUUCACUUUUCAUUGUUUUUGAUCUCCCGAGUUUCCAUAGUUAUUUACCAACUCCGAGCAAAUAACAAACGUUAUCGAACAUCAAAUUUCAUACGUUUAAAUCAACAUAUCAUUCUAAGUCUCAAGAUGCAAAUAUUUGUGAAAACUCUUACUGGAAAAACCAUAACUUUAGAAGUAGAAUCGUCAGACUCUAUUGAAAAUGUGAAAGCUAAGAUUCAAGACAAAGAAGGAAUCCCACCAGAUCAACAGAGAUUAAUUUUUGCCGGAAAACAAUUGGAAGAUGGCCGUACAUUAUCUGACUACAAUAUUCAGAAAGAAUCAACACUUCACUUAGUACUCCGUCUUCGAGGUGGAAUGCAAAUCUUUGUGAAAACUCUUACUGGCAAAACCAUCACAUUAGAAGUAGAAUCGUCAGAAUCUAUUGAAAAUGUAAAAGCUAAAAUUCAAGACAAAGAAGGAAUCCCACCAGAUCAACAGAGAUUAAUUUUCGCUGGAAAACAACUGGAAGAUGGCCGUACAUUAUCUGACUACAAUAUUCAGAAAGAAUCAACUCUUCACUUAGUACUCCGUCUUCGAGGUGGAAUGCAAAUAUUUGUGAAAACUCUUACUGGCAAAACCAUCACUUUAGAAGUAGAAUCGUCAGACUCUAUUGAAAAUGUGAAAGCUAAAAUUCAAGACAAAGAAGGAAUCCCACCAGAUCAACAGAGAUUAAUUUUUGCCGGAAAACAAUUGGAAGAUGGCCGUACAUUAUCUGACUACAAUAUUCAGAAAGAAUCAACACUUCACUUAGUACUCCGUCUUCGAGGUGGAAUGCAAAUCUUUGUGAAAACUCUUACUGGCAAAACCAUCACAUUAGAAGUAGAAUCGUCAGACUCUAUUGAAAAUGUAAAAGCUAAAAUUCAAGACAAAGAAGGAAUCCCACCAGAUCAACAGAGAUUAAUUUUCGCUGGAAAACAACUGGAAGAUGGCCGUACAUUAUCUGACUACAAUAUUCAGAAAGAAUCAACUCUUCACUUAGUACUCCGUCUUCGAGGUGGAAUGCAAAUAUUUGUGAAAACUCUUACUGGCAAAACCAUCACUUUAGAAGUAGAAUCGUCAGACUCUAUUGAAAAUGUGAAAGCUAAAAUUCAAGACAAAGAAGGAAUCCCACCAGAUCAACAGAGAUUAAUUUUUGCCGGAAAACAAUUGGAAGAUGGCCGUACAUUAUCUGACUACAAUAUUCAGAAAGAAUCAACUCUUCACUUAGUACUCCGUCUUCGAGGUGGAAUGCAAAUCUUUGUGAAAACUCUUACUGGCAAAACCAUCACAUUAGAAGUAGAAUCGUCAGACUCUAUUGAAAAUGUAAAAGCUAAAAUUCAAGACAAAGAAGGAAUCCCACCAGAUCAACAGAGAUUAAUUUUCGCUGGAAAACAACUGGAAGAUGGCCGUACAUUAUCUGACUACAAUAUUCAGAAAGAAUCAACACUUCACUUAGUACUCCGUCUUCGAGGUGGAAUGCAAAUAUUUGUGAAAACUCUUACUGGCAAAACCAUCACAUUAGAAGUAGAAUCGUCAGACUCUAUUGAAAAUGUGAAAGCUAAAAUUCAAGACAAAGAAGGAAUCCCACCAGAUCAACAGAGAUUAAUUUUCGCUGGAAAACAACUGGAAGAUGGCCGUACAUUAUCUGACUACAAUAUUCAGAAAGAAUCAACACUUCACUUAGUACUCCGUCUCCGAGGUGGAAUGCAAAUAUUUGUGAAAACUCUUACUGGCAAAACCAUCACUUUAGAAGUAGAAUCGUCAGACUCUAUUGAAAAUGUGAAAGCUAAAAUUCAAGACAAAGAAGGAAUCCCACCAGAUCAACAGAGAUUAAUUUUUGCCGGAAAACAAUUGGAAGAUGGCCGUACAUUAUCUGACUACAAUAUUCAAAAAGAAUCAACACUUCACUUAGUACUCCGUCUUCGAGGUGGAAUGUAAAUUUCUCAGGCCAAUAGCAAUCUAUCUUUAACAAAAAACAACUGGAAUGCUGUAUCAAAUAAUGAUUUUUAGUAUAGAUUAUACAAACAACUAAUCAUAAAUAAUAAAAUAAAAUUCUAUGUUUAUUCAUUUCACACUAUGGUUUACAAAUGAUAUAUUAUUAUUAAUAUACAUUGUCGCUAUAAUACAAAAACUGGUGAUGUCAACUCUUUUAUAAUUUAAAUUUAAUAUAACUAAACAAUUAUGAUAUUAAGUUGUGCAAAAAGUCAUAAAAUUAGAAAUGAAAUUAUAAGAAUUUUUACAUUACAGUGAUGUUAUAUACAUACUA